AUGAAGACCAUAAUUGUAUUAUUUAAUAUUCUUGCACUAUCAGCCUUGAAUUGCUGUGCCCAAACAUCGCUUGCUGCUCCUAGCAGAGUGAACCAUACUAUCCAGUCCAACAGCACCAGAAACAAUUCAUCUAGCCAAACCUUUCUGACCGUUCCAACAGCACAAACCUCAAGUACAGCUAUUGGAACGCCUAUAAACUCUUUACCAAUCUCAUCUAAUCGGCCAGUUGCUUCUAUUGAUACCAUUUCUGCCCCUCCAAUUCCCAAUGAAAACAAUACAAACGUGUCUCAAUCUGUAAACAACUUUUCGACGCGUACAAGUAUAGUUUUAGGCAUCACACUUGGAUCAAUCACCCUAGUUUUUCUCCUUUUGGGGGGAGCAUUUUUGUUUCUAUUAUUAAAAAGAAGAAGAAGAGCAAAAGAAUACGCCAUAAAGAGGGCAAGAGAGCUUGAUUAUGAUGGAUCGCUCCCAUGGUCUCAGGCAUCGAUGUCGACCAACAGUCGUUCAGACUUGACCAGAAGCAGUAAUAAUCACGAUCCGCUAGAUCAUCUCGAUGCGGCCAGCCAGAAUGAGAAAUACACCAAGAUAUCCCUCAUAGAUCCGAGCCAUCCGUCAUUUGUCUAUGCAAUACGUCAGGCUGAAGCAAUUUCCUCUGAUCCUACAUCACCAAUAUAA